AUGCAACAAGUUUCGUUGACUAGACUCUCGGUAGUCUUGGUUUGGAUUAUCGCCUUGGUGCAGGCCCAGUAUGUCGCCAAAAGAACCUUUAUCGAUUUGACCGAAGGCUUCAAGUUCCCUUGGGACAAGCCUCAGUGUGAAAGCACGAACAUCUACUCCGUUGAAGGCGGAAAGCGUGAAGACAAUGAAAAAAGAACCUUUGGUGCUUUGGCUCCCUUAGCCAACUUUGCUGUUUCCAAAGCUGAGGCUGUUGGCGAAGGCCUCUUUAAAGUCACCUGUAACUUUGAGGCUGAAAAGGCCCACGUUUUGAGUGAAUUGCAACAAAGUGUUUCCAACCUUUACUUUUCCGGUACUGGCUGCGCCCAGGAUAAGUUUGCCUUGAUUGAAGAGGGCCACUCUCUCAUUGAAAACUGGGCCAAGUGGUCUAGUUCCAUUGUUGUGAAGCCAAUCAAGUGGGGUGGAAAGUGCUGCUUGCCAAAGACUUUGAAGCUCAACUGUGAUAUCAUCGAAAAACCUCUGAACUGUUUUGAAGCCUUCUCCUCGGUCUUCGGCAAAAAGAUCUCUUGGGGCUUUUCUUCCGCCGGCGGUGCUCUUGGCUCUGCUCCUUCGACUUCUGACUUUUUCUCACUGACUGCCUCAACCACAUCUUUGCUGUCCAAAAAGUCUUUCUUCGACAUUUUCGAGAAGAUCAUUGACAAAAAUUGUAUUUUGCCAAACUUCUGUUGGGACUGUGACUGUACAACUUCGAGCACCUCGAUUGAGUCUUCCACCGAAGUUCCACCAACCUCUACUGAAGUUCCACCAUCCUCAACUGAGGUUCCACCAACUUCUGAGGCUCCAUCAUCCUCCACCGAAAUCCCACCAACUUCUUCUGAAGUCCCUCCAUCCUCAACUGAGGUUCCACCAACUUCUGAGGCUCCAUCAUCCUCCACCGAAAUCCCACCAUCUUCCUCCGAGGUUCCACCAUCUUCUUCAGAGGUCCCUCCAUCUUCCUCUGAAGUCCCUCCAUCUUCCUCUGAAGUUCCUCCAUCUUCCUCUGAAGUCCCUCCAUCUUCUUCAGAGGUCCCUCCAUCUUCCUCUGAGGUUCCACCAUCUUCCUCCGAGGUCCCUCCAUCUUCUUCAGAGGUCCCUCCAUCUUCCUCUGAGGUUCCACCAUCUUCCUCCGAGGUCCCUCCAUCUUCUUCAGAGGUCCCUCCAUCUUCCUCUGAGGUUCCACCAUCUUCCUCCGAGGUCCCUCCAUCUUCCUCCGAGGUCCCUCCAUCUUCCUCUGAGGUUCCACCAUCUUCCUCCGAGGUCCCUCCAUCUUCUUCAGAGGUCCCUCCAUCUUCCUCUGAGGUUCCACCAUCUUCUUCAGAGGUCCCUCCAUCUUCCUCUGAGGUUCCACCAUCUUCUUCAGAGGUCCCUCCAUCUUCCUCUGAAGUUCCUCCAUCUUCCUCUGAAGUUCCUCCAUGUUCUUCUAAGGUUCCACCUACUUCUGAGGUUCCAUCUUCUACUGAGAUUCCACCAUCGUCUACCGAGGUUCCACCAUCUUCAACAGAGGCACCACCAUCCUCAACUGAAGUUCCACCAUCUUGUUCUUCUAAGGUUCCACCUACUUCUGAGGUUCCAUCUUCUGAAGUUCCACCAUCGUCUACCGAGGUUCCACCAUCUUCAACUGAGGCACCACCGGCUUCUUCUGAAGUCCCAUCAACUGAAUGUAAUGGUGUCUCUUGCACCCCAGAUGUGACAACAACAACUACUGCUCCAGAGACUGAGACAAGCACGUACUGCCCACCAGAGUCGUCGACUUCUGCUCCAGCACCAGGCCCAGAAUCCUCUGCUCCAGCACCAGGCCCAGAAUCUUCUGCUCCAGCACCAGGCCCAGAAUCUUCUGCUCCAGCACCAGGUCCUCUGCCAUCUGCUCCAGCUCCAGGCCCAGAAUCUUCUGCUCCAGCUCCAGGCCCAGAAUCUUCUGCACCAGCCCCAGGUCCUCUGCCAUCUGCUCCAGCACCAGGCCCAGAAUCUUCUGCUCCAGCACCAGGUCCUCUGCUAUCUGCUCCAGCACCAGGCCCAGAAUCCUCUGCUCCAGCACCAGGCCCAGAAUCCUCUGCUCCAGCACCAGGCCCAGAAUCUUCUGCUCCAGCACCAGGUCCUCUGCCAUCUGCUCCAGCUCCAGGCCCAGAAUCUUCUGCUCCAGCUCCAGGCCCAGAAUCUUCUGCUCCAGCACCAGGUCCUCUGCCAUCUGCUCCAGCUCCAGGCCCAGAAUCUUCUGCUCCAGCUCCAGGUCCUCUGCCAUCUGCUCCAGCUCCAGGUCCUCUGCCAUCUGCUCCAGCUCCAGGUCCUGAAUCUUCUGCUCCAGCACCAGGUCCUCUGCCAUCUGCUCCAGCUCCAGGCCCAGAAUCUUCUGCUCCAGCUCCAGGUCCUCUGCCAUCUGCUCCAGCCUGUGAAUCUUGCACGACCACUGUCUUGACUACUUCAACUGCCAUCCCACCCACCGAGUCAACUAAAGCUCCUGGUGAAGAAACCACACAGGCCACUGCCUCCACUUUGGUACCUGUUCCAUCACCAUCAGGAUCGUGCGCACCAGUUUGUGUCACCACUGUGGUGCCAGCCAGUGACUUGGCCAAGUACAAGGCUAAGGGAUGGUUUUGGUGA